UUUCCUAAGAAUCAGAGACAAACAUAGAGACAAAGAAAAGCAACUUCAGAGACAGAUAUGGAGAUCAAAGUUGAUGAAGAUCAUCAAAAGAGUACAAAAGAAGAAGAGAUCAAAAAGCCACUUCUUGAACAAGACAAAGACUUUCCUGAUAUAGAAAGAACAACAUGGAUACAAAAGGCAAUAGGUCAAACGUUCCAAACCACUGCUCAUUUAGCUAAUCUCUUACCAACAGGGACCGUUCUCGCGUUUCAGCUCUUAUCGCCAAUUUUCUCAAACGGCGGUCAAUGCGAUUUAGUGAGCAAGAUCAUGACAUCGACUCUAGUAGCAAUAUGUGGAUUCUCUUGCUUCAUAUACAGCUUCACGGAUUCUUACAAAGACAAAAACGGCACUAUUUGCUACGGAUUCGCAACGUUCCACGGGUUUUGGAUCAUCGAUGGAUCCACGACUCUUCCUCAAGAACUAUCUAAGAGAUACAAGCUAAGGUUCAUAGAUUUUGUUCACGCCUUCAUGUCAUUUUUCGUGUUUGGCGCCGUGGUUUUAUUCGACCGGAACGCUGUGAACUGUUUCUUUCCAGCACCGUCAGCUGAAGCGUUGGAGGUUCUCACCGCGUUGCCUGUAGGCGUAGGAGUGUUUUGUAGUAUGUUGUUUGCAACAUUUCCUACAACACGCAACGGAAUUGGUUUCCCACUUUCUAGCAAAUGAUUUGAUUACUUGUAACUUUGAUCUAUCGAUGUAACUUGUGUGUGAUUCAAGAUUCUCUUUGAUGAUCUCUUGAAAGAGACUUCUCCUAUACUGUUUCUUGUAUUCAAGCUAAUAAUAUAAAGGGUACGGUAUUGUUGCUAUAA